AUGGAGAACUCGGACUUUGCAAUGAUGCCCGAAGAGUUGAAGGAUGUCAUUCGUUCAAAAUUGCCUCCCAAGUCUCUGGCAAGGUGUAUUGUGGUUUCUAAGGAAUGGGAGAGGUCUAUUGGGGAUAGACGCCUCCAGCAUACUCAUUACCAAGAGUCCAAGAAACAACCCAUGCUUGUUCUUCUGAGGCUCUGUCAACGAGGAGUCUGGAACGACGGCGAACCUCAAUACGAGUCGUUCAAUACCGUCAACCAAGAGCGCCCGCAGCCGAUCGCUGAUCCUCACCAUGUGACAACGCUUCCAAACUCAGAUUUCGCCGUCACGUCCGGACCUAUAAGAGGCCUCCUCUGCCUGCAUUCCGACAGGUACCUCGUCCUCUGCAAUCCGGCGAUCAGAAAAUGUCUGACGGUGCUCGAGUUCGAGCCGGAGCCGCCGCAGACCCGAAAGAGAUUCAACCACCGAGGCUUUUUAUUUGGAUUUGACGAACAGUCCAAGGCUUUUAAAGUCAUAAAGACAGAGGCCGGUGACCACAAUUUACCUUGGCGCCAUGAGAUAUUCACCGUUCAACCCGGAGAGGUCAUAUGGCGUCAGAUCGACUGUCCUCGUCCCUACACGCCAAUCACCAACUCGCUCUCCAUUGAAGGUAACGUGUACCUGGGUGCGGUGCAUAACAAGACAUGUCUUGCAGUUACUGUGAAUUUGACUACAGAGUCGAUCUUGAUUACGGAGCUGCCUACGGCUUUCCUACUUAAGCUUGGUAUCACCAAACUGAGAAGUUACAAUGGCCAACCAUGUUUAGUUUCCGAUUCUGCGCAUGAGUUAGCUACUACGGGAAAGUUUAAGAUCUGUGUAAAGGACAAGGAUUCUGGACUCUGGGGGGAGAGAGAGGUAGAGGUUAAGGGUUGGAGAGAGAAGGUCACUGGCUCGUAUUCCUUUGAAGGAACCAUACCAUCUGGUGAAUUGGUCUUCGCAAAGAAGAAGCUCGAGACUGGUUUUCAGAUGUUACUCUACUACGACCCUCGCAUGGAAACCUUCAACGAGUAUCAGAUUCAGACGGAGGAGGAUUAUGACUCUGCGGAGAUCUUCCUUAACCACAAACCAAGCAUCUACAUUUAA